AUGGCUAAUGCAUUCCUUUUCUUAUUGCUCUUGAUAUUCUAUUCCAAUAUCACAAUUGAAAACAUUCAUGCUUGCAACCAAAGCGAACGCAGCUCUCUGCUGUCCUUCGCUCUUACUUUGUCUUCUCCUCAGUUGAAUUGGACUUCCGCUGAUUGCUGCAAUUGGGAGGGCGUCACAUGUAAUCAGGGUGGUUGGAUCACCCAUUUGCAGUUACCUUCCAAAGGACUUAAACUCAAAGAAGAUCAAACUGAAUUCUUCUUGUCCUUGAAUGAUCUCGAAAUCCUAGAUUUGAGCUUUAACCUUCUUUUUGGAGUGUUACCAUCUUCUCUACCAUCCAGUCAUAUUCGGAUGGUGGAUCUUUCCAGCAAUCGUUUACAUGGUGCAGUUCCAUCUUCUUUUUUCCAACAAGCUUGGAAUUUGACUAGUUUCAAUGUCUUCCGUGCUGGUCACAAUUACCUCUCAGGAUCGCUUCCAGAAGAUAUGUUUAAUUCUACCACUCUUGAAGAGAUUUCACUACCUCUGAAUUCAUUGAAUGGAGCAAUGAGCGAUGGAAUUGCCAACCUCACCAACCUCACAACCCUUGACCUCUCCUAUAACCAAUUGAGUGGUGUGCUUCCUCUCCAUCUUGAGAAGCUCUCAAAGUUGAAAUACAUACUCCUUGAUUUCAACUAUCUGGAAGGUUCAUUGCCCCUAUCUUUGAUGAAUUGCACAAACCUCGUUGAACUACGUAUGGGAAACAACAGCUUGGGAGGUGAUAUCUCCAUGCUUAAUUUUUCCAAACUUAGCCAACUUAGUAAACUUGACUUGCGGAAAAAUAACUUCUUUGGUAUCUUGCCGAGAAGCAUCUACUCGUGCAAGUUCUUGAAAGCAAUUCGAUUGAACUAUAAUAAUCUAGAGUGGUAUAAUUCCUUCAUGGCUAUCGAAGCUGAAGAAGUUACAGAUCUUGGAUCUGGAACACAACAGAAUCACUGGCUCAAUUCCAAGUUGGCUGGGGACUCUUCCAAGGCUGAAUUCUUUAAUGAUGCAAUUCAACCUACUUUCUGGAGAAAUUCCAAAGGAAUUGUGCACACUACCUAUGUUAGUAUCUGGACAAACUGCAGCUCAAGUAGGUCGUAUUUAUCUUGA